UUCCGCAGAGUCUAUCUGCUCCUGUGAUUUUUUUUAGAACUACAUGUAUGAUAGUUAUUUUACUCAGUUACAGGGUGGCGCUUGUUCGGCGAAGGCGAGGCGCUUAUUCGAGUAAAUACGGUAAGAAAUUUUUUUUUCUGUGCCUAUGAGAAUUGCAUUUCUUCACAUAGAUAACAAUAAUUUGUUGAUGAUAAGUAAACCUAUAAUAGCAACUGAUAUCAAUUUAUUUUAAAUUUUUAAUUAUUAUUCCCUUGAAUUCGACGUUGUUGGCCAUCUAUCCUAUCGCCCGUGUUUCCGAGGCUUGAAAAUUGUUAGCCGAGAAACCCUGGGUCGAGAUACGGGAGCCAAUCAGAAAUUGCAAAAGAUCUAUUCUUCGUUUGAAAACUUCGCGGGAUCAGAACAGAAAUCGGUCUUCUUCGUCGUUGUAAAUAGGUGUAUUCUCACAGUUUGUAGGAUGUCUGAUGCAAUAUCUGUUAGCAUCAGGUUGCGGCCUCCGAUUAAAAGGGAGUCUGGGUUUCGGAAUGAUUGGCGGGUGAAUGGCAAUACGAUCUCACAGAUUUCCAAGUCCUCUGUUGUGUAUGCAUUUGAUCAAGUGUUUGAUCAGAUCACAAGUACUGAAGAUGUGUAUGGAUCAUUCGCCAAGCCGGUCAUUCUCUCUGUCAUGGAGGGAUUUAAUGGUACAAUAUUUGCAUAUGGCCAGACAGCAUCUGGUAAAACACAUACCAUGAUGGGAGAUGAUUCAUGCCCUGGAAUCAUACCACAAGCUAUUGAUGAAAUAUUUACUUAUAUUGACCAGCAUCCAAACAGAGAAUUCUGUCUUGUUGUGUCAUACAUGGAGAUUUACAAUGAGGUGAUAACAGAUCUAUUAUCAACAAACAAAAAGAAUCUCAAAAUUGGAGAGGAUGUCAAGGGCAAAGUUUGGGUAAAAGACCUAACCGCCACACCCAUCAACAGCUCUGAGCAAGUGAUGGAUCUCAUGGCCCAGGGUGAAAAACAUAGACACUUUGGCCAGACUCUUAUGAAUGAACGAUCUUCUCGCUCACACACAAUUUUCCAAAUGCAAAUUGAGUCACGUGAUACGAACGAGGAGGAUGAUGGCGCUGUGCGGGCCGCGCUCCUGAACCUUGUGGAUCUAGCUGGAUCCGAGCGAGUGUCUUCCACCGGAGCAGAAGGGGUCAGGUUCAAAGAGGGAUGUAAUAUAAACAGCAGUCUUAUGGCGCUUGGCACCGUCAUCAGCAACUUGAGUGAAGGCGAGAGUUUCAUCCCAUUUCGAAACUCCAAGCUCACACGCAUCCUGCAGAACUCGUUAGGUGGCAACGCCAAGACAGGCAUCAUCUGUACAAUAACCCCAGCCGCAAUCGACGAGACAGCAAGCACACUGAAUUUUGCCAGCAGAGCCAAGAAGAUCAAGAACAAACCAGAGAUCAACGAGGUUUUAGAUGACGCGUCGAUAAUAAAGAGAUACAAGCGUCAGAUCAAAGAACUUGAGGAGCAGCUGAAUUCAAAUACCAAGAUCGAGGAGCUAAAAAAUGAGAACGAAAUGAUGGCACAAGCUCUAGAAGAGCAAACAAGGAUGCGGCGCAAUCAAGAAGAAAAGCUUCAAAAGCUCACAACCUUUUUCUGCACUUCUGGAGGUCUACCAAAAAGGAACUUUGCAAAGAGGGCCAAGAGGCGCGAAACAUGGUGCCCCGGUGCUGGGCUUCUGCCUUUGCCCCUCCUUGCUCGGACACCUGGAACAAAACCCUGUGACCUUUCAGUUCCCAAUAUAUUAGAGGAGCAAGAAAGGCUUGUCAGCGAGGAGGUCCCGCCACCUGCCGCAGGAACUGCGCAUGACAUAUCACUAAGUUCUAGCUACAACGCCAAAGAGGUUCAGUGUGACCUUCAAUCAGAGAUUAUUUUUCAGGAGGUCCAACAACUUAGGAAGACUCUUCAGGCAAAAAUUGAUGACUUAGAGCACAUGACUUUUCUUUACUACGAACGUGAAGUUAAUGUAGAAGAUGCACAUAACCGCUUACGCGAAAACACUGAGAUACAACAACAGCUUCGUGACAAGAACCAAGAACACAAGCAGCGCAUAGAGGAGCUCACAUUCGAACUUGACCUUGCAAGCGCAGAGAUCGACCGAUUACAGGAUAACGCACCAAGUAGCGACGACGCCUUAGAUAUACAAAAUAUAAAAGAAGAAAAUGAAAAACUGAAUGAUACCAUCCGUAAAUUACAAGACGAGCUGAAUACUUCAAGAUCGAGCUUAGAGCAAAACAAGAAAACAUGUGAGGCGAAAAUGGAAGAAGUGACUAACAACUUACGUCAAAGUACAGAGGAACAGCACCAACUUAGCCACAAAGUACAAAGACAGCAGCAACGCAUAGAGGAGCUAACAUGUGAACUGGACCUAGCCAGAGGGGAACUUGAAAAGAACUCUAUGGAAGAGGUGACAGAUAGAUUACCUCAGAGCACCGAGAUACAUCAACUCCUCGAUAAGAACCAAGAACAACAGCAGCGCAUGGAGGAGCUCGCAUGCGAACUGGAGCUUGCAAAAGGAGUGCUCGAGAAAAACCAAGAACAACAGCAGCUCAUAGAGGAGCUGACAUGCGAACUGGAGCUAGCAAAAGGAGAACUCGAGAAAAAACAAGAACAACAGCAGUGCAUAGAGGAGCUGACAUGCGAACUGGAGCUUACAAAAGGAGAACUCGAGAAGAACCAAGAACAACAGCAGCGCAUAAAGGAGUUGACAUGCGAACUUGAGCUUGCAAAAGUAGAACUCGAGAGGAACAAAGAACAGCAACAGCGCAUAGAGGAGUUGACAUGCGAACUGGAGCUUGCAAAAGGAGAACUCGAGAAGAACCAAGAACAACAGCAGCGCAUAAAGGAGUUGACAUGCGAACUGGAGCUUGCAAAAGUAGAACUCGAGAGGAACCAAGAACAGCAGCAGCGCAUAAAGGAGUUGACAUGCGAACUGGAGCUUGCAAAAGUAGAACUCGAGAGGAACAAAGAACAGCAACAGCGCAUAGAGGAGUUGACCUGCGAACUGGAGCUUGCAAAAGGAGAACUCGAGAAGAACCAAGAACAACAGCAGCGCAUAAAGGAGUUGACAUGCGAACUGGAGCUUGCAAAAGUAGAACUCGAGAGGAACAAAGAACAGCAACAGCGCAUAGAGGAGUUGACAUGCGAACUGGAGCUUGCAAAAGGAGAACUCGAGAAGCAAGGGGCUGACACACCCGAACUAGAAGUGGAAAAGGGGAUAAAUAGAAUACGUGAGAGCACCGAGAUACAUCAACAACUCCGUGAGAAGAACCAAGAACAACAGCAGCGCAUAGAGGAGCUGACAUGCGAACUGGAGCUUGCCUACCAAGAGAUAAAGAACACAGAGGAGCGAAAAAAUUAUGAAAACAGUGAACAUGUCCUCGUUGUGAAGGCAGACCUCGAAAGAGCAAGGGAUAACUAUGUGAAACUGGCGAAUGACCGUGAGGAAGAAAACAAUCGAUUAAACGAAACCAUCCGUGCUUUACAAGAUGAGCUUAAGUCAUCAAUAGCAAGCCUUGAGGAGGCAAAGAAGGCCUAUUUAACCGAUAUCGAAGACACCAGAAACCUUUUCACAGAAAAGAUGCAAGCGCAAGAAGAGCUUGUGGUGAAACUUUCACGGGAACUGGAGAAGGCGUACCUAGAGAUCCGAGAAGGGACGAGUAGUAUUGAUGAAGAGGAGGUGAGAAGAAGCUUAGAUGAAAGCACCGAAAUACAUCAACAUCUCCGUGAGAAGAACCAAGAACAACAGCAGCGCAUAGAAGAGCUCACAUGCGAACUGGAGCUUGCAAAAGGAGAACUCGAGAAGAACCAAGAACAACAGCAGCGCAUAGAGGAGUUGACAUGCAAAUUGGAGCUUGCAAAAGGAGAACUCGAGAGGAACCAAGAACAGCAGCAGCGCAUAGGAGAGCUCACAUGCGAACUGGAGCUUGCAAAAGUAAAACUAGAGAGGAACCAAGAACAACAGCAGCGCAUAGGAGAGCUCACAUGCGAACUGGAGCUUGCAAAAGGAGAACUCGAGAAGAACCAAGAACAACAGCAGCGCAUAAAGGAGUUGACAUGCGAACUGGAGCUUACAAAAGGAGAACUCGAGAAGAACCAAGAACAACAGCAGCGCAUAGGAGAGCUCACAUGCGAACUUGAGCUUGCAAAAGGAGAACUCGAGAAGAACCAAGAACAACAGCAGCGCAUAAAGGAGCUCACAUGCGAACUGGAGCUAUCAAAAGGCGAACUCGAGAAGCAAGGGACUGAUACACUCGAACUAGAAGUGGAAGAGGCGAUGAAUAGAAUUCGUGAGAGCACCGAGAUACAUCAACAACUCCGUGAGAAGAACCAAGAACAACAGCAGCGCAUAGAGGAGCUCACAUGCGAACUGGAGCUUGCCUACCAAGAGAUAAAGAACACAGAAGAGCGAAAAAAUGUUGAAAUCAGUGAAGAACUCAAUACUCUGAAGGCAGACCUCGAUAGAGCAAAAUAUGACAAUUUAAAACUCGCUAAUGACCGUAAGGAAGAAAACGAUCGACAAAAUGAAACCAUUCGUACAUUACAAGAAAAGCUGAAGUCGAUAACUUCAAGCCUUGAGGAGACAAAGAAAACAUGUGAUAUCUACGAAGAAGAGGCGAAAAAAAGAGUACAUGAAAGCACCGAGAAACAUCAACAACUCCGCGAGAAGAACCAAGAACAACAGCAGCGCAUAGAGGGGUUGACCUGCGAACUGGAGCUAGCAAAAGGAGAACUCGACAAGAACCAAGAACAACAGCAGCGCAUAGAGGAGCUGACAUGCGAACUGGAGCUUGCAAAAGGAGAACUCGAGAAGAACCAAGAACAACAGCAGCGCAUAAAGGAGUUGACAUGCGAACUGGAGCUUGCAAAAGGAGAACUCGAGAAGUACCAAGAACAACAGCAGCGCAUAAAGGAGUUGACAUGCGAACUGGAGCUUGCAAAAGUAGAACUCGGGAGGAACAAAGAACAGCAACAGCGCAUAGAGGAGUUGACAUGCGAACUGGAGCUUGCAAAAGGAGAACUCGAGAAGAACCAAGAACAACAGCAGCGCAUAAAGGAGUUGACAUGCGAACUGGAGCUUGCAAAAGUAGAACUCGGGAGGAACAAAGAACAGCAACAGCGCAUAGAGGAGUUGACAUGCGAACUGGAGCUUGCAAAAGGAGAACUCGAGAAGAACCAAGAACAACAGCAGCGCAUAGAAGAGCUCACAUGCGAACUGGAGCUAGCAAAAGGAGAACUCGAGAAGCAAGGGGCUGACACACCCGAACUAGAAGUGGAAGAGGCGAGGAAUAGAAUUCGUGAGAGCACCGAGAUACAUCAGCAACUCCGUGAGAAGAACCAAGAACAACAGCAGCGCAUAGAGGAGCUGACAUGCGAACUGGAGCUUGCCUACCAAGAGAUAAAGAACACAGAGGAGCGAAAAAGUGUUGAAAACAGCGAAGAACUCAUCGCCCUGAAGGCAGAUCUCGAAAGAGCAAAAUAUGACAAUUUAAAACUCGCUAAUUACCGUAAAGAAGAAAAUGAUCGACUGAAUGAAACCAUCCGUACAUUACAAGACGAGGUGAAGUCAUUAACGACCAGGCUUGAUGAGACGAAGCAAAAAAGUGAAGAACUUGCUGCAUGUAAAUCUGAACUGAAGAAAGCGAAGGAGGAGAUCGAGAAGGCCUGGACAUUAUACGACAAAGAGAAAGAUCGCCUGGAGAAAAUCAACUGGCAAAUGACAGAUGAGCUUCAGGAGAAAGAAUUAGAAAAUGAUCGCCAAUAUCAAACAAUUAUUGAUUUGAAAGAUGACCUAAAGUCGUUAAUGACAAGGCUUGAGGAGACAAAGCAAAAUCAGAAUGGAAGUGAAGAACUUGCUGCAUGUAGAUCUGAACUGAAGAAAGCGAAGGAGGAGAUCGAGAAGGCCUGGGCAUUGUACGACAAAGAGAAAGAUCGCCUGGAGAAACUCAACUGGCAAAUGACAGAUGAGCUCCAGGAGAAAGAGUUAGAAAAUGAUCGCCAAUAUCAAACAAUUGUUGAUUUGAAAGAUGAGCUGAAGUCAUUGAAAGCAAGCCCUAAGGAGAUAAAGCAAAAUCAGAAUGGAUUAAGUGAAGAACUUGCUGCAUGUAAAUCUGAACUGGAGAAAGCGAAGGAGGAGAUCGAGAAAGCCUGGGCAUUAUACGAUAAAGAGAAAGAUCGCCUGGAAAAAAUCAACUGGCAAAUGACAGAUGAGCUCCAGGAGAAAGAGUUAGAAAAUGAUCGCCAGUAUCAAAAAAUUGUUGAUUUGAAAGAUGAGCUGAAAUCGUUAACUGCAAGCCUUGAAGAGAGGAAGCAAAAUCAGAAUGGUAGUGAAGAACUUGCUACAUGUAGAUCUGAACUGGAGAAAGCAAAGGGGGAGAUCGAGAAGGCCUGGACAUUAUACGACAAAGAGAAAGAUCGCCUGGAAAAACUCAACGGCCAAUUAAUAGACGAGCUGAAGUCUUUAACAUCUGUUCUUGAUGAGAUGAAGAAAGAGUCCGAAAAUGAUGCUCAGUGUCAAAAAAUUCUUGAUUUGAAAGGCAAGCAAGAAGACCUAAGUAUCCAGUUAGCUAACCGUAACAUGCAGAUCAUGGAGCUGCAGUGCACGGCCUACAAACAGGAAGACACCAUCGCACUCUUGAACAGGGAAGUGGAGUACCAGCGGAAACGAGCUGAGAACAUGGCAAAUGAUGCAAAUAAGCUGAGAGAGGAGCGGGAGAGAAAGAAAGAUGCUGCCGCCGCUGACGGAGGAGGGGUCGUGUCUUCUGUCGCUGUCUUCACGCUCAAAGCAAAGGUUAUUGAGCUGGAGAAGAUGGUUGAGAAACUUAAAAAAGAAAAUGAGCACCUAGAGAGAGACAGGGAUCAUCAAGCUCUGUUGAAGACUGACAGGGGACACCAGAUUAGACGCCUCGAGGGAGAGAUCUACCAGUUGCAAGGGAAGCUGCGAAAAUAUCGAGGCGAAAGACCUGUAUUAGAGACGAGCAACAGACUUCAAGAUGUAGCUCAGGAGUCCGAUUUAUCAACAAUCAAGUCCAAAUCCGCACAGGAGCUUGAGGCGGAAAACCGGCGCGCGCAUUCCAGUUGGCUAUCUCCUUCCAAGACCAAGGACUUAAUGGAAAAGGAGUCGCCACUGGAGCAACUCCAAGACCAAUGUAAACAACAAUAGACGGUCUCUGUGGACCCCACUGGAACAAUUCCAAGACCAAUGUAAACAACAAUAGACGGUCUCUGUGGACCCCACUGGAACAAUUCCUAGACCAAUGCAAACAGCAAUCGGCGGUCCCUGGCGAUAACAGUUUUAUUGUAUUUUUGACCACGAAACAGAAGUUGACAUCAGAAGUCUUGUUUUGAAAGAAAUGAAAUCAUGAUUCCUGGAAGAACUAGCUUCCAAGAAAAACAAAGAAACAAUUGUUCAAAGCAUAUUGACAAACAUCUAUUUCAAAUAAGGUUGCACUCGAAGAAUCCUUGUAUCGUAAAUAAAUGGAAUCCUGGUCUCUGAAAACCACUUGAUUUUUAUUCAGGCAUGCAUACACGAAUUCAUUUUUUUACUUGGUUUUGUUUAUCUUCAAUUUUAUUCGCUUAUUUAUUUGAUACCCAUGAAGCACCGCGGGCUACGACAGAUGGAUUCCCUGUAUGGAACCUUAUUCGUUAUAGGUGCAAACAGGACAUAUAUUGUUUUUAAUAAAUAACCCUAUCAAUCA